AGGCAAACAUAAAACCUCUUAGCGAGCAGUGAGAUAAGGUCUAGCCUUCAUGGAGGUUCAAUGUGUUUUGGAGUCGCACUCACAGUAUGUCUGCAGCGACAACCUCAGAUCUCUUGAAAACACCCUUCAGUUCAUCUGUGAGUUUCCCAGAGAGACUCGUCACUCAGGUGAUGGACAGGAGACCUUCGUGGUUAAACUCCCAGCUCAGUGCAAUGUGCACCAACUGCGCUUGCGUCUCUGUAUGCUAGCGCAGGAGAGGUCUCAGCUUCCCGACCCUCUUGGACUCUUGGACCCUGAGAGGUAUCAGCUCCUGUUCACCAAAAUGGACGACCUGUAUGAGAUAUAUGAUGAUUGCCAGGUCCUGCAAACGCUAAAUGUGCCCUGGUUUCUGGAUCCCCAUGGCAUGAGGAUGGCACGGAUUUCUAUCGCAGAAAAGAAAACAGACACAGAAGAUGUGCAAAAUUACCAUCAUGCUUUAGCUAAGCUUAUUGGAUAUGACUUGAAUUCUACCGCAGGGAGCAGGCUGAGUGAACUGAGCUUUACCCGCAGAAAGUUUGCUGCCCCCCGCAGAGAGGAAUUGAAAAGCCGUGACCCAAAAGCGUAUGCCACUGAACCAUGGACCACAACCACACCCCUUCAGAAAGACCUCCAAGAGUGGCAUGAGCGCAAACUUCCAAUUGCCGUCUAUUUCGAUAACAAAGGCUUUUGCAUGAACAUAGACAUUGAAAUUUCUCCAGAUCAUCUUCUGAAGAUACUUCAGGAAACUGUGUCUAAAAUGGACCCCUCUAUUGACUGGUCCACAUCUGAUCCAGUGCUGAAGGUCUGUGGAAGGGAGGAGUUCUUAGUUGGAAGUAUCCCCCUGUACAACUUCCUUUGGGUUAGGAGCUGCCUGAAGAGGUGUAAAGACCUUCAUUUGACAAUCACUGAUGUUGCUUUGCUUCCAGAGGAUAAGGUGAGAAGUGAGGCCUUCCCCCUAGUGGACAACCUCACUAGCCUCUCCAGCUUUCAUGAGGACCUUGCUCUUGGUGGGAAAGAGAUGGAUGAGAUACUCAUGAUCUCCCUGUGGGACUGUGAGAGAAAGUUUAGGGUGAAACUGUUGGGGUUUGACAUUCCUGAACGCCCAGCCAAACUGCCCCAACUCAUUUGCGUUGAGGCUUCCAUUAUCUAUGGCAACAAGGUAGUGUCCUCUAUCGGUUCCACUGCUAAACCUUUCACAGAUGAGGUUAUGUGGAACACGUGGCUUGAGUUUGACAUCCUCCUAAAGAACAUCCCUCGUGGCUCAAAGCUCGGGUUUACCAUCAACACUUUCGACAACUCCACAGCAAAGGAAUCCAAAUCAUCUACCAGCGGAGUCAAGGAGUCAGACUUCCAGAGGUGUAAAGGAAAUGUGCUGUACUUUGUGAAUCUUCAGCUCAUCGACCACAGGUCUGUGCUCAGUCAGGGGCCUCACACUCUUCACAUGUGGCCAUUUCCUGAGCGAGAGGAGGAGGCGUUUACUUUCGAGGCUGACAAGCUCUCCACGGCGACCAACCCAGACGUGGCGACGUCCAUGGCCAUCACCUUCCUCCUGGACCGUUACAGUUUUCCCGUGGUCAUCCCGCACAGUAGAGGAGUCCCCAAUACUCUUUCUCCUCCCAGUGUUUCGUCACCGUCAUCUAAUUCCAGCUUACCACCCUCUCUUCUUGCAUCAAACCCAGCAUCGCCUUCAAAGUCGGAUGUCCCUGAAAGUGGAUCACCAACAUCAUCGCCCUCCACGCAAACCCAAAGAGAUCGUCUCAGGAGGUUUAGGGAGGAAAGUGUCCGCUACACCUCCAACCUGCCUCAGUUCCUGCGGAGCAUUGACUGGCUAAAGCCCGACGCUGUGCAGGACAUCCACUGGCUGCUGGGUCACUGGGAACCGCAUGACCUGGAGCUGCCAGUGGCUCUGGAGCUUCUCAGCGUGGGCUUUGCUGAUGAAAGGGUCAGAGGCCUGGCUGUCCAACGGCUGGAGCUGCUGUCCAAUGAAGAAGUACUAAGGUACCUUCUCCAGUUGGUUCAGACCCUCAAGGUUGAGCCCUAUCAUGAUAGCUGUCUGGCUAGAUUCCUCCUCCGAAGAGCACUCAGAAGCAAGAGAAUUGGUCACUUUUUUUUCUGGUUUUUGCGGAGUGAGGUGGCAGGAUGUCCAUUCUUUCGUGAACGCAUGGCAGUGAUUCUGGAGGCUUACUUAAUGGGUUGUGGUCAAUCCAUGCUGUCGAGUUUCCAACAACAAGUUCUGGUGGUGGACAACUUGCACAAUGUUGCAAGUGCAGUAAAGAGGUUAUAUCCAGACAAAAGUGAUCUCCCUCCAACAGCUGCGCAGAAGCUUCAGGACUUGCUGCAGAGCUGCCACUUCCCACCUGACUUCCAGGUGCCCUUUGAUCCACGUAUCAGAGCUGGACAAAUUCAGUUGAACAGGUGCAAAAUAAUGGCUUCCAAGAAGAAGCCCUUAUGGCUUGAAUUCUCAGGUGUUGAUUCACAAGCCACUACUGGUCCUCCUGUGGGAAUAAUAUUCAAAGAAGGUGAUGAUCUCCGACAGGAUAUGCUUGUUAUUCAGACAUUGAAAGUAAUGGAUUCAAUAUGGCAGGAAAGAUCCUUAAACCUCAACCUGGUGCCUUAUGGCUGCAUAUCCACUGGGCACAACAUAGGGAUGAUAGAGAUAGUCAGAGAUGCUGUCACGAUUGCGGCGGUCCAAAGGAGCCAAGGAGGCACAAAAGGAGCAUUCAAAAAUGAUGCUCUGUUUGAAUGGCUGAAGGACAAGUGUCCACUUCAAGGAAUACACUACCAAGCGAUGGAGAGGUUUGUCAACUCAUGUGCAGGGUAUUGUGUGGCCACAUAUGUGCUAGGAAUUGGAGAUCGCCACAAUGAUAACAUCAUGAUCACUGAUAAAGGCAAUCUUUUCCAUAUCGAUUUCGGCCACAUCCUGGGCAACACAAAGAGCUUCCUGGGGAUGAACAGGGAACGGGUCCCUUUUGUCCUCACCCCAGAUUUCCUCUAUGUCAUGGGCAGGGUCAAGGGUCGGUCCAGCCUCUACUUCCAGAGAUUUCGGGACAUAUGUAUCGAGGCCUACCUGUCCCUGCGCUCUCAGUCCAGGCUGCUUGUGACGCUCUUCUCCCUGAUGCUGUUGACGGGGAUCCCCGAGCUCAGUGCGGCGCAGGACAUGCGUUACCUCCGCACCGCGCUGCAAGAGGAGUGUGGAGAGGAAGAGGCUCGAGGUCACUUCCUGCAGCAGAUCACCAUCUGCGAGCAGCUGGGCUGGACUGUUCAGGCCAAUUGGUGGUUUCACAUGGUUGCAGGGAUUAAGUAAUGAGAAGAUGGAUAGGGGGGUGCAUUUUUAAGUGAACAUUUUUGUUAUUGUAAGAGACAUAAUUAAGAUGACAUCUGUGCUUGCAUUUUUACUAUAUAUUUCAACUUCUCUCUGUAGAUACCGUACCUUUCACUCUUGUAUGGAAAUACAUAUAAAAAGCCCAUGAAAGACAGAAGAGCUUUAGGUUUUCAGCAAC